UCUCUCUCUCUUACUUUCUCCUUUCAUCUUCCCUUCAUCUUUCUCCUCUUCGAGCCCCAUCAUAUCACCAACAAAGACUAAUUAGAAUGUUUUGAGUCUGAUAAGAUCAGAUCUUCCAGAGAAACAAACAAACAGACAUACAAAGCAAGGCAUAUAUAUAUAUAUAUAUAUAUAUAUAACCUAGGGACGAGGAGAGAAAACCCUAGCUAGCUAGCUAGCUAACAACAUGGGAGGGAACUCGCCCUGCGCGUCAUGCAAGCUCCUGAGGCGCCGCUGCACAAAAGACUGCAUCUUCGCUCCUUACUUCCCCUCCGAUGAUCCUCACCGCUUCGCCAUCGUCCACAAGGUCUUCGGCGCUAGCAAUGUCAGCAAAAUGUUGCAGGAACUCCCGGUUCACCAGAGAGUGGAUGCCGUUAACAGCCUGGUGUACGAGGCGAACGCAAGGGUGAGGGACCCAGUAUACGGGUGCGUGGGGGCAAUCUCGUACCUACAGAACCAGGUGGCGCAGCUCCAGAUGCAGCUCGCAGUGGCUCAGGCCGAGAUCCUGUGCAUCCAGGUCCAGCAGGAGCCGGUGAUCAUGCCAACGUCAUCGCAGCUGGCAGCCACGAUCGAUGGCACAGAUGAGAAGUCGGCGUUCCUCCUCCACAACAACCUCCCGGCUCAAUACCUCAACUUUGCCUCGUCCAGCAAUGUAACCCAUGAGUCUCUCAAGAGAGAGUCCUUCUUUGGGCAUGAUAUGGUCUCUUAAUCCAUAACUAAUGAUAAUUAUCCCGACGUGUUUAGUUUUAUUAGUCUCCUCUCUUCAUUGCUCUCGC